AAAUCGUUCCACCCGAGCGUCUGGGGGGCUUCCAGUUUAUGAGAUCCGCCUCAAACUAGAAUACAUAAUGAUGUUUGAUUCUAGUCUGAAACUGACAGUUGGGCCGUAAUUUAUGCCCCAGAUGCUUUCUAACAACUUGCGCCUCGUCGCCUCACAUUGUAUCUCUGGCAUCGGGAGGCGGCCGCCGUCGAGACUUUACGUUUCGGGUUUAUCACGGCUUCCUUCACCAUGGCGCCGGUACACGCACGACGAUGCGUCUAAGUCGGACAAUUCACCAGAUGGGAAGUCGAUGGCGUGCUGUCCCUCAGACCCAGAGACAAGGGCACGUCUAACCCCCCCUCAGUCGGAGUUGGAAAGGUCCCGGACACCACUACUUCUACCCUCUCAAGAACCAGAAGUCGAAAACGAGAGUAUACUACUCACAAAAUCCCCUGAAUCAAGACUUCAGCGAUUCAGGGAGGCUUUUGAAUACCCGCAAGCCUCUCCUGAAUGGUCAUACAAGGCAGGCCGAGAAGUCACUGUCCAUGGAUGGCUCGGCAAACCGAGGGUAAAAGGAUCCAAGUUGAUCUUUUGUGACCUUUCCAGGGACCAGGGGAAUGUGAUUCAAAUUGUCUCUUCGUUGCACCAGAAAAUCACCAGCGGUUCUGAAGAGUUGACAGAUGACCGCAUCGAGGCUCACAAGUCCCUGAGGAGCAUCCCUGCUCAAAGCCCAGUUGCUGUUACGGGCAUACUGGAAGUUCGGCCCCGAAGGGUCGAGGAGACCAGCGUCUCUGAUGCUCUGCCGCAGUAUUGGGACCUGAAACUCAAUUCCAUCCAGUGUCUUAACCCCUUUCCCAAUGACAUCAUUGUAUCCCAGGAUGCCGUCUGGUCGCCUAAACAGCGACACCUGCAGAUGCGAUUCGACCCACUGCUACGAGAUCGACUACGCUUCCGGAGUUCAAUUGCAUUCAGGAUCAGCAAAGCUCUACGAAGCCUAGGAUUUACCGAGGUCGAAACACCCAUGCUCUUUAAGUCGACGCCGGAAGGCGCCCGAGAGUUUCUCGUGCCGACAAGGCGUGCUGGCUACACGUACGCUCUCCCACAGAGUCCGCAGCAGUACAAGCAAAUUUUGAUGGCCGGUGGUGUACCCAAUUACUUCCAGUUCGCUAGGUGUUUCCGCGACGAGGACUUGCGAGCCGACAGGCAGCCAGAAUUCACGCAGCUGGAUCUUGAAAUGUCGUUUGCCUCUGGCCGCGAAGUUAUGACAACUGUGCAGUCUGUCAUGUCGUCGGUGUUCCGGUUCCUUCACGAUCACUUCGUACCCACGGAUGUCAAUGGUGUGACGCAUCCCGUUCAUUCAAGUAAAAAGCUUGGGGAAUUUCAAGUUGGAAGUCUUCGGUAUCCUGCAAAUUUAUCGGUCCCGGUCAGGACCUAUGAUGAAGUCAUGUCCAAGUUUGGCGUGGACAAACCAGACUUGCGCAUCCCAUCUGAUAUUGUCCGCAUAGACAGCUUCCUUCCAACCGAAUUGGUCAGCAUGAUAAGCAAGCUUAAAGAUCCUAUUGUAGACGCUGCUCAAUUUCGCCUGCAGGGUAGUCCGAGCGAGAACCUGGCGUUCAUCCGUGAAUUCAUGGACAACCUGCCCAAAACGUCCCUCAAGUUCAGCGGCGAUAGCACCCCUGGCGUCUUCGUCAUUGACGAGGCCAAACCUCUAAAUGGCCUAUCUGCUUUCGGACACGAGGCCGCAGAGAAGAUGGCAGCGGUCAAAGGUCCACACUGGCACAAGCUUCAGGAUGGCGACGUGCUCAUCGUACAAGCCCGCAAGAAAAUCCCCUUCCAUGGUGAGGGCUCGACUGAUCUUGGUCGCCUCCGCAAAGCCAUUUAUGACGCUGCCGUGGAAAAGGGACUUCUCCCACGGGACCACAGCUUCCGAUUUCUUUGGGUCACCGAAUUUCCCCUCUUCACGCCCAACGAUCCGCAAAAUAUCGCCCCAGGCGAGGGUCAGGGUGGCCGCGCCGGUUUCUCUGCCACGCACCACCCCUUUACCGCCCCCUUAAGUGCUAAAGACUUUGCUCUGUUGGAGACAGAUCCUCUAAGCGCCAAAGCAGACCACUACGAUCUCGUCUGCAAUGGCGUGGAAAUUGGUGGUGGUAGCCGACGUAUACACAUACCCGAGAUCCAGGAGUACGUGAUGCGCCAUGUAUUGCAAAUGCCCCAGGAGGGAGUUGACCAGUUUGCCCACUUGCUCGAGGCACUGCGAGCAGGCUGUCCUCCGCAUGCCGGGUUUGCGCUCGGGUUUGAUCGUCUGAUCGCAGUCCUCUGCGACACUGAGAGCGUCCGAGAUGUGAUUGCAUUCCCCAAGAACAUGAAGGGUGAGGACAUGUUCGUCAAGAGUCCGACGAAGGUUACCGAUGAGCAGCUGGCUACAUAUCAUCUGAAGGCAAGUUGACCUGCACCCACUUCUCUGUCGGCAGGAAAGAUCUCAACUUUGUAUUACGAUUGUGUAUCAUCACGAUUAGACUUGUAAUAUUGCACAGCAUGUAGACAGUCGGACUUGGCUCGGGGUCCAAGUCCAAACAAUGUAUAACACUUCACCAAGAC